AUGGCAGCCCAGAACAUCAUCACAGACGACAUGAUUGCUAUCCUCCAGAAGGAGCUGACCGAGAGCGGCGUCGCGCCUGUUGGUCUCUUGUUUCCCGGGUCCGAUGAAUACGCCGAGCAUCGCAAGCUCCGGGACGGUGCCAAGGGAUUCGAGCACAUCCGUCCUGCCGCUAUUGCAGUUCCACGAGACGGCUCCGAGGUAGGGCGACUCGUUCGAUGGGCCAAGUCGAUUGAUCUCAAGUUCACCAUCCGCGGAGGAGGCAAUGACUUUUGGGCGCGCAGCAUUGCACAUGACACCCUCAUGAUCGACAUGCGCGGCAUCAACAGCAUCAAGGUCGCGGAAGAUCGUCAGACAGUCGUCAUUGGGGGUGGGGUUCUGAUGAAGGACCUGAUCCUCGCUUUGGACGAUGUUGGCUUGAUGACGCCGACGGGGCAUACUUGGAUCAUUGGCUAUGCGGGUUGGGUAUCGAACGGCGGCUACGGGACGAGCACCCAUAUCUAUGGCAUGGGAAUCGAGCAGGUCGUCGGGGCGGAGCUCGUGAACGCAGAAGGCGAGGAAGUUGUCGCCGACGAGGAAAUGCUUGAGGGAGUCAGAGGUGUUUGCGGUCACCUCGGGGUGAUUACAAGUCUGACCGUGAAGGUGUACCCCAAACACGAUCCCCUCGGCGGCUUUCUCAUCUUCGAAUCCAGCGACAUCCGGAAAACUUUGGAGGCAUACUUUGAAGCCACCCCAAAGCUCCCUAUGCCCAAGGAGCUCACGAUCCACAACUUCAUCAGCUGGCAGCCCCAAAGAGGAGUCGUCUUUAGCGUCAUCUGGACCUGGACGGGCGACAUCGAGAAGGGACAGGCGUGCCUGCAGACCUGGAAAGACAACGCCCCGCCUUUGCUCAUGUCCACCGUGGAGGUGUUGCCCGAUAAAGUCCGCCAGCAUAAUAUGCCUCCGCCGUGUCCUCUGAAAGGUGGACAAAGAAAUUGUUUCCUCGCUUGUCUCCCAACAAGCGAUGCCGGCGACGAGCUGGCAGCAGCCAUUCUUGAUGGCGCCGAAGCUAUGCCCAAGACGACGGGCCCAAACAUUGCGUGGGGUGGGAUGGUGGACAUUGAUGCUGCGACGAUGCCGCCGAAUUGUUUCGUCGACAAGAGCCACUCCUACUUCUCCUGUUCAUACCAAUACCCGACGGAAGAGUACGCCGACGAAACCAUGGCGUGGAGCAAGUCUCUGAUUGCAAGGCUUCGGUCGCUAGGCGGGGAUAUGGUACUGGAUAGGGGUUACCCAGCCACGAAUCCGCCGGGAGAGAAGAGUGCGGCGGAGCUCUACGGUGAGAAGUGGAACAGGGUGAAGGAGCUUAAGAUGAAGUACGACCCAACGAACGUCUUCAGCCAUGCGUACCCCAAGAUAGAUAUUUGA